AUGAGUUCAACCAAAAUUCGGCUGAGGAUGGAACUCAAAGUGAAACUGCAAUCUGCCUGCCCCAGCCCUGACCCUGACUCUGACCCUGACCCCGAUGCAAGGCUGGAGAAGGGCACAGUGCCAGGCCCUGCUGUACCCACCCGCCGUGGUCCAGCGUGGUCCUGCCCGGAGUGGCAGCCGGGGUGCACCUCGCCGGCCCUGCUGGAGCUGCUGUGGCACGAGGCGCGGGCGCCCUUCCAAAGCACAUACUCACUGAAUGUUUACAGACUGGCUGUCCUGGCAGGGCUCUCAACUGCACAUGUUUUUUUUAUACUUUCUUUUGUUUUGUUUUGUUUUUUAAAUAUUUUUUACAAAAAAAAAAAAGAUUUUAUACAAGCAAUAUAUAAAUGGAUUUCUAUAAUCACUUGA